AUGGUUGGGAAUCAAUCAGAGCUGAGUUCGCUACUUCGAGGAUGUUUAAGUACCAUCAAUCAUCAAUCUUCGCUUAUGAAACAAUGUUUGGGAGAAGGUAAUCUCCUUCAAGCUUUGAAACAUUGUUCCAAUUUUCUAAAUGAGUUAAGAACCAACAAGUUAUCACCGAAACAAUAUUAUGAGUUGUAUAUAUCAGUGUUUGAUUCAUUGGAGUACUUGUCGGCUCAAAUAUUAGUGUCCCAUAAAUCUAAACAGAAGAAGAGAUCAGCGAAUAAUAAUGGCGCUAAUAAUACAACACCUUUUUUAGCUGAUCUUUAUGAAUUGGUUCAGUAUAGUGGGAAUAUCAUCCCUCGUUUGUAUAUGAUGAUUGUAAUUGGAACAACUUAUAUGUCAACGAAUGAUGCACCAACAAAAGAAAUCAUGAAAGAUAUGAUUGAAAUGUGCCGUGGUGUUCAACAUCCAAUCAGGGGAUUGUUUUUAAGAUACUAUUUAUCACAAAGGAUCAAGGACCUUUUACCGUUAUCGAAUGAAGUUGACUUCAAUGAAACUGUUGAGUUCUUGAUUUCAAAUUUUAUUGAAAUGAAUAAAUUAUGGGUUAGACUACAACACCAAGGUCAUUCAUCAGAACGUGAAUUAAGAUACAGAGAAAGAAAAGAAUUGAAGAUUUUGGUUGGCUCUAAUUUAGUGAGAUUAUCUCAAAUAAUCGAUGAUUAUGAUGGCGGUGAAAAGUACUCAAGUGAACAGUAUUACAAAGAUCGCAUUUUUCCAAUUAUAACCGAACAGAUUAUUCAAUGUAGAGACCAUUUGGCUCAAAGUUAUUUAAUCGAUGUUUUGAUUCAAAUAUUCCCAGAUAACUUCCAUUUUCAAACGUUGCAACCUUUAUUAAAUGAUGUCUUUCUCAAUUUGCAUCCACUAUUAAGAAAAUCAGAAUUAGUGUCAACUUUAAUUGAACGUUUUAUUACUUAUCAUAAGUUUGAAAACGACUUAGUUGCAACAACUGAUAAUUUAAAGUUGGAAGAAUCAGUUGAUCGCAAAAGAGAUGCUACUUCAGUUAAAGAUUUAUUUCAUAAAUUUUGGGAUUUUUAUAUCUUGUUAUAUUCAUCUGAUCCUGAAAUGUCCGCUGAGGAACAUUCUUCAAUGUUGCAAUCUUUUAUCAAAUUGUCUUUAACUUAUGAUCCAGAAAAUUAUGAAAAUUUAGACGUUAUAUAUAAAUUUGUCACUGAAAAUUUGAGUAAAAUUAAUCAAGCUUCUCAAAAAUCGUCACAAGAUGAAAAUGGUCAUCACGGCCCAUCCGAGGGAGUUGAUGAGACCUUAUGGUUACUGUUACUAAUCGCUCCAAUUCAGCACUUUUCAUCAAUUAAAAAUUUAUUGAAACUUACAUUAUUCCACGAAUUUUACCAAAAGCUAACUCAUAAGCAGUACCAGAAGCAAAUCUCUUUAGAAAUUGUGAAUAAAGUUUUGAGUAAUUCCAGUAUAUACGGAGAUUCCGAACCGGAAUAUUUAACCACUAUCGAGGAAAUUGAUGGAAUUUUUAAGUAUCUUUUGGUUUUAAUAAAAGAUACCGAUACAAACUUGAAUACUUCCAAGAACUUGGGUAUCACCAAAACUAUUCGAAUUGAAGAUGGCGAAAAAUUCAUUACCGAAGAUUUUUUGACUAUCCAAGAGAAGAUUUGUAAAACCAUUCAUUUGAUCGAACACCCAGAUGUUUUUAAAUGCUUGUCUAAUUUGAUGUACGUUAGAAAGAAGUUUUUGAAUAAGAAUCCGGAAAAUAUUAUUUAUACUUAUCCAACUCUCAUUUCAAAAAUUCUAAUGAAAUUGAGAAUAGCCGGUUACAUUAACUUGAAAAAGAAGAAAGGACAAGAUGAUUUAUUUAUAACAAACAACUUCAAAAACUUAUCGAUAAUAAUUGAUGAAUUAUAUCAACAUCACCAACAAUUCAAUUCUGAAUUGGUUUUAAAAAUUUAUUUAAAUGCAGCCUCAGUUGCAGAUCAACUUCAACAAGAAUCGCUAGCCUAUGAAUUUUUCAGUCAAUGUUUUGUCAUUUACGAAGAAAAUUUAAUUUUAAAUCCUACUCCUAAGCAAUACCAUAAUCCCCGAGACACCAUGGGUGGUUCAUUACCGUAUCAAUCAAUAUUAAUGAUUGCUAAUCGGUUGAACAACCUGAGAUAUUUCAGCAAAGAAAGUUAUGAAACUUUAAUCACAAAAGUUACCUUAUAUGGAUCUAAAUUAUUGAAAAAGCAAGACCAAUGUAGAUCUGUUUAUUAUUGUGCUCAUUUAUGGUGGUGGUGUGAUUUAUUCAUCGAUGGUGUAUCACCUACAGUUAAAGAUGAUGCAGAAGAGGAGCAAGAAGAAAGUGAAGAUAAAGACAAGGCUGACCAAGAAUCUGACAACAAAUCAAAACAAAUACCCUCAAGCCCUCCAAUUUUGUAUAGAGAUGCCAAAAGAGUUCUUGAAUGUUUACAAAAAUCAUUAAGAAUUGCAGAUUCUUGUAUUGAUCCUUAUUUAUCAUUGAAAUUAUUCCUCGAAAUAUUAAACAGGUGUUUGAUCUUUAAUGUUUAUGGUAAUUAUUUAAUUGAUUCCAGAUACAUUAAUGGCUUAAUUGACUUGAUCAAAACUAACGUUGAAAACUUGAAAGACGAUAAUAACGUUAGAAAUGAUGACGAUCAAGAAGCUAGAUUAUUCAAGCAUAUCGAAAAAUAUUUCGAUAGAACCUUGACUUACAUAGCUGAACAACAAAUGAAUGAAAAUAGAUUUGCCGAUAUACUUGUUUAG